AUGGGGAUUCGCUCGAGAGGCCGCUUCAGUCGCAGCCCUACGCUCAACAACCAUAACAUGGGCAUCAUCGGAGUGUACCCGGCGCGGCGCUUCGGCCGCUUCACCAACGCCGCCGCGGUGGGCGUAUUUUUCCUGUUCCUGUGGGUGUUCCGCGAGCAGCUGCGCCUCGACCGCGUUGGCAUGGAUUCGAGCAUCGUGCCGUGGAUCCCGCGCAUGUCGCACCAGGACAUCUUCGACUUUGAGCCGGUCGAUUCGGAGGUCAUCCGGGCAGUUUGCGACAAGACGGAGUGGGAUGCGGGGAAGGCGAUGCAGGUCGUGUUCACGUGCGACAACAACGUCGGCGGGAUCGGGAGCAUCCGCAACUCGAUCCUGAACUGCGUGCGGUACACGAUGCUGGCCGGCGGCUCGUUGGUCAUGCCGCGCAUCUUCAAGCGCAACGACUCCGACAUCUCUCACAUCCGGACGGGGCGGCGGCAGGAGAUGGAGUACCUCUUCGACAGGCAGCACUUCAUCGACUCACUGCACCUCUCGUGCCCCCAGCUGCGGCUCUACAACGAUACCGACGAGGUCUACGAAUCCCUCGGCCCCGCGCGCACAUGGUCCCUCGGCCUCUUCCCGGAAUCUCUCGUCGACGAGGACAACAUCCCCAGCACGGGCAUCGAGCACCCGGAAAGGUGGCAGUCGCAGCUGCACCGGUGGCUCGACGACAUUGACAACACCACCGACGUGGCGCCGACGGGGCUGCCCACCGAGGGUCCGAUGAUGGUGGACCUGGGCCGGUCGUACCUCACGUUCCCGAUCAACAGCGACGGCGAGCUCUUCGCGACCACGUUCGGCAACAUCCUCAAGUUCCGCGCGGACGUGCGGCAGCUCGCAACCGCCACGAUCCUCAGCAUCGACCGGCACUUCUUCGGGGCGCACCUGCGCACCGAGAAGGACGCGCUCGACAGCUGGAACCCGACUAACCCGACGUGGGAGUGGUCUGAGUACAGCAAGCAGACGGACGCCUUCUUCGACCAGGCGGGCCGGUGGGACCUGUCGGUCAUGUACGUCGCGUCCGACAACGAGACGCAGGUGGACAUGCUCGAGGCGGACGCGGAGCCGCGCGGGGUGCGAGUUGUGACGAAGCAGAACCUGCUAACGGGGAAGAACCGCAAGAUGCUGGAUGCGAUGACGUGGGAUCAGAAGGGCAUGAUCGACUUUCUGGUCAUGUUGGGGGCGGCGCAGUUCGGAGGCGUGGGACACUCGAGUUUUGCGUGGAACGUGGCGCUGAAGAGGCACAUUUUCUCCGAGGAAGGGUACCUGAAGGGCCCGCAGAUGUUGAGCGAUGAGUUGAGUCAGAUCUACGGGACGCCGGGGAAGUAUCCCGAAUAUGCGUCGUGUUUGUGGCCAUAA